GCGUCCCAAUCGUUCCACUAUCGUUACAACGCCGACUUGUGCGUUCGCGCGUCCGUCACUGUUGGAAAUUUAUAUUUCAUUUAAUUCACUCGAAAUAAGUGUGCGGCCAUCGCGAUUAGUUUUAUUCGUAAUUAUUAGACAAAUUAUCCGUACAAUUGCUGCUUUCCGUGCGGAUAUCCAUUAAACAACUAAUAGUCGUCGUUUUGCGGUAAUUAAUCGACGAAAACCACCGGCCGUCCUUCAGCCGCGGGACACACCCGAAGCAUUAACGCCGGACCGUCUGCAACUAUGGACGACAAGGAUAAGAUACGCAAAAUGUUCAGCUGGAGCGCCAGCAUAACAGAAGGAAACGAAGAAACCGGUGGCAAGGGUGUGAUGUCUUCCGGCGUGGGCAGUUCUCCAGACGUGGUCGCCAUGGAACCCAGAGGAGGCAGUGUGGUUGUCAGCAGCGGUGGCGGCGGUGGAAUCGUAAACCCGGCUUUCCAACCUCCAUCCCUUUUAAGCCAACAAAGCACAGUGUGGACUAGGCGGCAACAGGCCGUGUGUGUCCGGCACGCGUUCAAGCACUAUGGUUCUGCCAGCAAACCCAAUCACGUUCUCAGCAAUCUCAACAUGACCGUCGCCAAAGGCACAAUAUAUGGACUACUCGGAGCUAGUGGAUGUGGAAAGACUACAUUGCUUAGUUGUAUAGUUGGUCGACGACGACUGAAUACUGGGCAAAUCUUUGUGCUCGGUGGAAAGCCAGGAACUAAAGGCAGUGGCGUACCUGGAAAACGCGUCGGAUACAUGCCUCAGGAAAUAGCUCUAUACGGAGAGUUUUCCAUUAAAGAGACGAUGAUGUAUUUUGGUUGGAUAUUUGGCAUGGAAACGUCAGAAAUUAAUGAUAGACUGCAAUUUUUGUUGAACUUUUUAGACUUACCUAGUCAAUCCAGACUAGUGAAAAAUCUUAGUGGUGGUCAACAAAGAAGAGUUUCAUUUGCAGUGGCUCUCAUGCAUGAUCCAGAACUUUUAAUUUUAGAUGAGCCUACUGUUGGUGUAGAUCCUUUACUCAGACAAAGCAUUUGGAAUCAUUUAGUUCAAAUUACUAAAGAUGGACAUAAAACUGUUAUAAUUACUACGCAUUAUAUUGAAGAAGCUAGGCAAGCACACACAAUUGGUUUGAUGAGAAGUGGAAGACUGUUAGCCGAAGAAUCUCCAAGUGUUCUCUUAUCUAUGUAUCAAUGUCAGUCGUUAGAAGAAGUAUUUUUAAAAUUGAGUCGAAAACAAGGCUCAGAUGGACAAGCACAAGAAGCUCCAGUAAACAUAUCAAAUAAUAUUUCACUUGCAACAUUACACUGGGGUAAAAAAGAUGAACCAGUAUACGUCACUGAAGAGAGUGGUGUUGUUGGCUUAAAUUUCCAUCAAUCUAAAGAAGUUCUUGUUCAAGAUCAGAACAACGGUGUUAAUGGAAAACUCGCAGAGAUGCAAAUGAUGGAACCCCAAUACGACUCAAGUUGUUGUGAAAUUACAACUCCAGGAAAAACAAAGGCCCUCUUACAAAAGAACUUUUUGAGAAUGUGGAGAAACGUUGGGGUGAUGUUAUUUAUUUUUGCACUACCAGUAAUGCAAGUCAUCCUUUUCUGUUUGGCUAUUGGUAGAGAUCCAACCGGAUUACAUUUAGCCAUAGUGAAUAAAGAAAUGAACUGGGAAACUAAGGACUGUCCGAUUUAUGAUAAUUGUACUUUAAGUAUGUUCUCUUGUAGAUACUUAGAUACAUUGCCAAAAGAAACUGUCAUUCUAGACUAUUAUGAGGACCCGGAAAGUGCUAUAGAAGCCGUUAGAAUGGGAGACGCAUGGGGUGCGUUGUAUUUCACGGAGAACUUUACUGAAGCUCUUGUUGCUCGUAUGGCAUUGGGUAGAGAUUCAGACGAUGAAACUUUAGAUCAGAGUGAAAUUCGAGUAUGGCUCGAUAUGUCAAAUCAACAAAUUGGAUUGAUGUUGAAUAGAGACUUACAAUUGUCAUAUAGAGAUUUUGGACAAGGUUUACUGAAAAGUUGUGAUCAAAAUCCAAAACUUGCCGAUAUUCCUAUUCAAUUCAAAGAACCAAUAUAUGGAAGCGCGGACCCAAGUUUCACAGAUUUUGUUGCACCAGGAGUUAUUUUGACAAUUGUUUUCUUCUUAGCAGUCGCACUCACAUCAUCAGCCUUGAUUAUAGAACGUACAGAAGGACUCUUAGAUAGGAGUUGGGUGGCUGGUGUCACUCCUUUGGAAAUAUUGUUUUCACACGUAAUAACCCAGUUCGUCGUGAUGUGUGGGCAAACUGCAUUGGUAUUAAUUUUUAUGAUACUUGUGUUUGGAGUGGAAUGUAAAGGAGACAUAAGUUUGGUCAUAAUACUCACCAUCUUACAAGGUCUAUGUGGAAUGUGUUUCGGUUUCGUUAUAUCGGCAAUAUGUGAACUUGAGAGAAAUGCCAUUCAAUUAGCUCUCGGAAGUUUUUAUCCAACCCUAUUGCUCAGUGGUGUCAUUUGGCCAGUAGAAGGUAUGCCAGUACUAUUACGAUAUGUUAGUUACUGUUUGCCUUUGACUAUGGCAACCACUUCACUUCGAAGUAUUUUAACGAGAGGUUGGAAUCUACUAGAGCCCGACGUCUACUUGGGUUUCAUAUCCACAAUUUCAUGGAUAGUGCUGUUCCUGUCAAUAAGUAUGGCUGUACUGAAGUUCAAGCGCGGUUAAGUCGUAUAUCAACUUAUUCUCGUAUUUUACCACACUCAACCUGAUUAUUAGUUAUAUUGUGUUAAUAUUUGUGCAUUUGUUUCUUAUGUAUAUGAUAGUAUAACAUAAUAGUAUUAUUAUUAAUAUACGUGUUGUGAGAAAGGUGGAGAAAGUAUGCUAAAAUGACGACUUAUUGGCGUCAAAAAUAUAUACAAAACUCCACAUUGCCUCUCCAUAUUCCCACGUGAAUUAAGUGGCGUUAUAUAAAAUAGUAUUCUUAUAAUAUUAUCUCAAUAUUCUAUUGUGACAUACUUCUGACAUUACCGUCCAAAAUUAUUUUAUAGAAUAUAAUAUAUUAGACAAACUAUUAUUGCUCAGUACAUAUUUUUUACUUAAUUAAAAUACAAUAAAUAUUUAUAUUCUACGAAUAUGUUUUAACUUACAUCACCAAAUAUCCAUUGUUAUUUCUUUAUAGUUUGUAUCUUACAAAUUAAGGGCUGUUGAUUAUAUUUAAUGUAAGUUUGU